CGUCCUGUAGUGGUUGCCCCGCUGCCCCCCCUCCUCCCUGCUGCUCCGGGUGAAAGCUGAGAUAGUGAGGGGGAGAAAGACACGGAGGAGAACCAUGGAGGGAGAGAGCUGGAUGUAGGAGCUAGUCGGCUACUUUAGGGCACCUUUUUCCUUCUUUAGUUUCAGCCCGGGCAAAUCAGAGCGCCUCAAUGCGGCGGUGUCCGGUGAGUGUUUGAUGUGCUGGUCGUAAACCGUCAACAGUCAAACACUAACCGUCGGACGGUGAGUUAGUUAGCCCGCUCCGGCUAACUUAGCCCGGCUCAGCUAGCAGGAGAGGACAAACAACGGGCUGGUGGAGCAGAGGAGUUAAAGCUACAAGUGGAGUAAAGUAACUAGUAAUGUUGCCUCCCGGGAUUAACUUCAGAUACGGAUGAGAAACAAGAAGUUGUCGACUGUGGAACACGACGGACUACCGCGGCUAUGUGGGGCUUGAUUCCCGGCUUGGUUCCCGGGUUGGUUCGGGGCUCUGGCAGCCCGCCUGAGUCCCGAGGUUGGCCACACUCGGUGCUGUGGAGGUGGAGGCUCGGGGGCUUCUUCUUCCUCCUGCUGCUGCUGGAGGGGGCCUCCUGCCUGGCCAACCCGAGCAGCACAUCUAGCGUCAACAACAACUACAACAACAACAACUACAUCCACCCGAGUGUCAACAUAUACAUGAGUGUUGAGGAGGUGAAGAAGCUUCUGGGCCUCGAUGCAGAGCUGUACUAUGUGCGAGACGAUGUGGUGAAUCAUUAUGCUCUCUCCUUCACGCUGCCUGUGCCCAGCGAGACCAACAGCCUUCAUUUCUCAUGGCAUUCCAAGACAAAGGUUGACUACCGGCUGGGCUUCCACAUGGAGAACCCUGUUGCCAUGAACCAACCACGGAGCAACAUCUCCAAUCAGGGGGAGGUGCCCCGUGUUCCCUCUGUCUUCAGAGUGGACCUCUUCUGUUCGGGCAAGGUAGAUGGAGAGGCUGUUUUAACAGUGCAGCUCAAUCUGACCAUCCAUGCCAACAACUACACAGUGCUCAACUUCAAGAGGAGGAAAAUGUGCUAUAAAAGAAUAGAUUCUGUCCCAAAGAUUCCCAUUCCCCUCAACAAUAACACUCUUCCACGGCCCGACAUAGAUGGUGUGACCACCCCCACCACCUCCACCCAGGUGUUCUACAUAAGCGUGAGCGUCUGCUGCAUCGUCAUCUUCCUCGUGGCCAUCAUCCUGGCCAUCCUGCACCUGCACAGCAUGAAGAGAGUGGAGAUGGAGGACAGUGUUAGUGACAGCGGAAGCUCGCAGGGCCUGUCUCAGCCGUCCACCCAGACCACACAGUACCUGAGGGCGGACACUCCAAACAACGCAGCCCCCGUCACCAACAAUCACCCUGGUUCUGCACCCAUUCUCCAGCUUGCUGCCUCCUCCUUCCAAAACCCCGGUGUUCCCCCUCAUGAAACCAAAAGUUACCCGUCGCUCCGCAUCGAGAAGAACGACCUGCGGAGUGUUACUCUAAUGGAGGCCAAGGCUAAAGUGAAAGACAUCGCCAUCUCAAGGGAGAGAGUCACAUUACGAGAUGUCUUGCAUGAAGGCACGUUUGGCCGCAUCUUCCACGGCGUGCUGCUGGACGAAAAGGACCCCAGUAAGGAAAAGCAGGUCUUUGUGAAGACCGUGAAAGAUCAUGCGUCUGAGGUGCAGGUGACCAUGAUGGUGACUGAAAGUUGUAAGCUUCGAGGACUUCAUCACAGAAACCUGCUGCCCAUAAGUAACGUGUGCACGGAGGACGGAGAGAAGCCCAUGGUGCUGUUGCCUUUCAUGGCUUGGGGGAAUCUCAAGCUGUUCCUGCGCCAAUGCAAACUCGCCGAGGCUAACAACCCGCAGGCGAUCUCUCAACAAGACUUGGUUUACAUGGCCAUCCAGAUUGCAUGUGGAAUGAGCUACCUGGCCCGCAGGGAGGUCAUCCACAAAGACCUCGCUGCCAGGAACUGCGUCAUUGACGACAACAUGCAGGUGAAGAUAACAGACAAUGCCCUUUCCCGAGACCUAUUUCCCAUGGAUUACCACUGUCUUGGGGAUAAUGAGAACAGGCCAGUCCGCUGGAUGGCCCUGGAAAGCUUGCUCAACAACGACUUCUCUAGUGCCAGUGAUGUGUGGGCCUUCGGAGUGACGUUGUGGGAACUGAUGACCCUGGGUCAGACCCCCUACGUCGACAUAGACCCCUUCGAGAUGUCGGCCUAUCUGAAGGAUGGGUACAGAAUAGCACAACCAAUCAACUGUCCAGACGAACUGUUUGCAGUGAUGGCUUGUUGCUGGGCCCUGGACCCGGAGGAGAGGCCCAAGUUUCAGCAGCUUGUUCAGUGUCUCACAGAGUUCCACGCAGCAUUGGGCGCUUACGUGUGAAAACAAGCUUCUUCUUCUUUCUUUUUUUUAUUACCAAGAACAGCAACUGUAAAGGCUGGCGGACACUACUCAUAAGGAAUACAUGUAUGAAAAUGUGCCGUACCAGAUGACUUAAGCCUGAUGCUUUUAUUUUGUACAGUUCUUUUGGAGUUUUUAUAUAGUUGAAUUACCUUUUUACAGCAUAGCAACGUAAAAGGAUUCUUUGUCGAAUAUUGUUUCGUAUGCUUUGAAAUCGUCAAGAGAUGGCAACUAUGAUGCUCUUCCAUUGCAUUCCCGGACAUUUAUAUAUGCCAUCGGACAAAUUUGUUUAAAGAGCAAUUUACACCAGCUGGUUUUAAAGACAGUAUUUUCUACAGUUUUGUAACUUAGUGAAGCAGUGUAAAUUGUAAAUGUGUCGUGGACGAGAGUAAGCACAAUGAUUUAGGUACCAAAGUAGACUCAAGGGCUUCAUUUGUGUAUGGAACCAUACUCUCUGCUAUGGUACGAGAGGCCUUUUGGAAACCCGAUUGGAGUUUCUUGAGAUGAUUUCUUUACGAAAGGUACACUGUUUCCUUUUGGAUGACACUAAAAAUUGUGCCACAGAUGAGUUUUCUUCCUUCGUGGAUCAGCCGUAUGGACGCCGCAGCUUGUACAACAUCAGCACCGCAAAGCUUCACAUAUGACCUUGAUUUUUUUAAACAACAUCCCGAGUGAAUUUUGGACACUGUUGUUAUUUGAAUGCCACCACCUUCUUCCUCUUUUGUACAUUUUAUGUUCCACUAUCACAACAUCCAAACAGAAUCAUCAUCAUUAUGUCUUUAUUUUAUAAGCUUGAUUGUUCUGCGUCAGAACACAGCCCUUCACAGGAUUUUAUGGACUGAUUUUUGUGAGUAACUAGAACACUAAUAAUCACCGGGAACACACAGAAACUGCCUACCAGCUGGGUCUAAUCUGAUUCUCACACCUUUAACAUCUUUGUGAGGUGUCUUUUAUGGUCACUGCAUGUUGAAUUAAGGUUUUAAACUGCUUCCCGAUUUCAUAUCCACAAAUUAAAUGGGAUCUUUUAAAUAUA